AUGGUGCUAACACAGGCUACCGCAAGACAUGCAGGAACCGCGCCGCCUCUGUUAGACUUGUUCCUCUCAAUUUUUCCUCCAAAUUUGCUACCGCAAACCGCUCCAUACGGCAAACAGCGCCGCACCCCGGCCACUCCGAACUCUCCCCCGCUCCUUGUGGUUCCUCUGUUAGGCCUGCUACCGCGAGGAUCAUCCAUGGGGCGAUGCAACCGUCAAAAGGUGGGGGUAAACGGCAGUGGCUUCGACGAUGUCUUCUUCCGCAGGUCCAAGAUCCAGUCAGUCUGUAGUCACCGGUGGCUGACAGACCAGCUGCAACUUACAACAUCCACAGGGAGAUGA